CAAAAAAUAAAAGUCAGAAUGGAUUAUCGCCGAAAACCACAAAGCUAUCAUCGUUAGAGAACUGGAAUAUUGAUAAUGAAUAAAUAGCAUACAAGAAAGAAGUCACCAAAAAAGACAUAUUCAAAAGCGAUUCAUCCUUUGAAUUUACAUACAAGGGCGAUGUCUUAAAAAAAUUUAGAUUUUAUGUCUUCAGAAAGGUAAUAUUUAGAAAUAUGUAUAAGUUCGGAGUCUUCAGGAGAGACAUUGAUAGAAGAUAACAAAAGUUGUUGCUGCUUCGAUUGCGGUAAGCCUAAUAAGAAAAUAAAAAGUUUCCAAAAGAAAUUCGGUUUGUUUCGAACACAAAUGUCAAUUGUUAAAUAGUAGAGAUUACAUAUAAGAUUUCAGAAUGCAGUUUAUUGCAUUAUUUAUUUGAUUUAAAAGAGGAGAAAACAAAGAUUGUUAGAUAAAUAGAAGAAGAUGUUUAGAUAUAAAACUAAAGUAUUUCUUGAUGGCUCACCACUCUUUCCUCCACAAUAAUAACAUUUAUUUAAUGUUCAUGAUGAAAAACAUUAAGUGAAUUAACAUUCACAAUCUAUAUAAGCUAAAAUUAUUGAUUAAAGACAUAAAUAAAGAUAAUCAGUGAGGAUAUAUUUAUAAUAAAAAUUACAAGAUAAAGGUAAAAGUAAAUAUUAAACAUUUAGAUUCGUAAAUAACAUUACCUAAAAUUCAAAAAUUUCAUUAGAGCUCCUAUUCUAAUAUUUAACCUUUAAAGUUUUCUAAAACCGAUGAACAAAAAUCCCCAAGGUGUUCUACAUAAUUAAAAAUAUCUCAUUAUACUGAACACAGUCCUUGUGCCAUCCAUCAUUCUCCUUAUUUAAAUCAUCUAACUUCACGUAACCCUGCUGAAACUAUAAUUUAAUCUUCAUUCAGUAAAACACCUAGACCUGUUACAAGGAGUAUUUAAUCAGAAAUACUUACUUAAAAGCAUUAAUUUCAUUAAAGAAAGAAUACAGCUGCUACAUUAAAAGGAUUAAUUUGA